AUGCAUAGCUGUUUCAAAGGCGAGUUAAGAAAAUAAUUCAAAAUAAAUUUAGGCAAAAUUGAAAAAUCUGAUCCCAUCUGCUUCUGCUCAAGUUUCAUCUAAAAAUAAAAUUAAAAACCCUUGUGUUCUAAAAAAAAGUUGCUACAAAUUUCUAAUUGUCCUUAAUAAUUAUUUAAAUUAUUAAAAAUUGCAAUAACCUAACAUUAUUCAAUUAUACAUGAAAAAAUGCUUAGCAAAAAUCAUAUUUAUAAAAAUAGGUUUAAUUAAUACAAACUAGUUUUUGUAUAGAAUAAUUUGAAUUGUAAAAUUCGUAUAUUUGGUAAAUUGCCAAAAUACAUCAAUCAAUUAUUAAUUUAAAAUUUAAUAUUAUUUCAAUUAAAAUUCUAGAAUCAUCAUGAAAUUUAUGAAGAUUUUGAUACAUCUAAAAUAAUUUUUGAAAAUUAUAUUAUACUGGGGGAAUUUUAGAUCUAAAAAAUAAUGGAAUUGGUAUGUCAAAGGAAUUAGUUGGCAUAAUGAUUAGAUAAAUAAUUGAUAUUGUUAAUUAUUUGCAUUAACAUAAAUUAAAUAGUUUUGCAUUAAAUGAUUAAAAGGAUUAAAAAACAAUUAAAUUAAUUGAUAUAAAAAGAAUUUUUAUAAAAGCACCAUUAACAAUAUAAAAUGCUUCCUAUUUAGCAUUAGAAAGAUUUUGUGAAUAUGAUAUGAAAGGUAAACAAAGAGAUAUUUGGUUUCUUAUCAUUCAAAGGAAAAAGUGUCUAAAAAAUAUAAAAAGAUUUAAAAAAGGGUUUUUUGAUAUGUCAUCAUUGUAAAAUGAUAAAUUCUCUUAUGAAGCCAAAGAAUUUUUAUCAAAUAUUUUAGUUUUAAACUCAUUUAAUAGAAUGGAUUUAGUAACUUUAAAUAAAACUAUUGGAUAAUUAAAUAUAAAAAGAAAUUCGAGAACAAAGUCAAAACAGAUUUGUAAAAUAUGAGAAAACUAAAAAAAAGUUGAGUUUAUUGCAAUAUUGCGUACUUUAAUAUAUGGCAACCUAAUACUUUAAUACAUAAUCUUCUAAUAUUAUUUAAGCAUUUAAUGAUAUUGAUACGAAUAAGGAUGGAAAAAUAACUUUAUAUGAAUUAAUGAAUGCAUAUUAAAAAUUUUAUGAAAAUUAUAAAGAUACAUUUUCAGUUUAAUAGGAAAUCAUUUCUUACUGA